CCCCUGACACACUCUUUCUCUCUCCCUCGCUCUGUGUGUGCAUGUUCCUCUCCCUCGUUCCCCCUCUCACUCCAUUCUCCAAGAGGCAGCUCUCCUCUCCCUGCGCUCUCUCUCUCUCUCCACAUCCUCGCCGCGCUCCUCGCUCGUUCUCCUCUCAGCCUCCAUCUUCCAGGCCGGCUCCCCUCGCGUCUGCCAGCUCGGUCCCAGAAGGAGGAAACUUCUCUUUACUUAAACUUCUGAAGAAAGUUUUUUUUCUUCUUAUUUUCACGCUUCAGAUUUUUCGGUCACCCCUGGAGCGGCCAGCGAGGGCGGUUAGUGUGAGAGUGUGACCAGGGGUCUACAGUGUUGCUCUACGCUCAGUGGGGUUCCUCUACGUCGUGACCUAAGGAAAAAAACCUACUGUCACCAUGAUCAAAGUCCAGCUGCUGCUUCUCCUGGCCCUUGUCGGCCCCUUCUGUGCCAUCGCACGCGCAAGAAACAUCAGAUCGGUGACCGACACCCCAGAAGGCCCUGCGGCCACAGAAGCCUCUGUCGUGGAAGAGCCGCUCCCCGUCACCGAUGCCGCUGAACCCGAGGCCGCCGCUGAGGAAGCCGUGGUAACGGACGCCCCAGCCGAAGAAGUCCCACCAGCCACGGAAGCAGCCGCCGCAGAGCCCGCCCCAGAGGCCACCGAGGCCCCUGAGGUAGUCGCCGUGCCGGAGGAACCGGAAGUGGUGGUGUCUGCUGCCCCGGAGGUGGUUGCCACGGAUGCGGCAGCGGCGGAACCGGAGGUUGCGGCGGAGGUUCCGGCUGAGGUUCCGGCUGAGGUUCCGGCGGAGGUUCCGGCGGAGGUUCCAGCGGAGCCCGAGGUUCCAGUGGUGGCCGAGGCGGAGCCCGAGGUUCCAGUGGUGGCCGAAGAACCGGUACUGGUGGCAGAGGCGGCUGGUGAUGUGGUUGUGGAGGAACCUGCGGCUGAGGGCAUGGCGUCUGGCCAGCUAGCGGGCAUCGUGAUUGGUGCUUUGGUGGCAAUCAUCAUUGUCAUCGCUAUCAUCGUUGCCGUGGUGAAGAGGAUGGGAAAAUACUCGUCUGCAAAGAAAAAGCCUGCGAAAAAAGAGAGCAUCUUGCCCCUGAGGAGAAAGGCUGCAAAACAGGAAGAGCGCCCCAAGUUCUGGAAAUUCUGAACAACUGAACUAUGUCACAUCCUGUCAGUAAACAAGCAUGCUACCAGCACUCUAACCUAACCAGGAUUUUGGACUGUCGCCAAAAGGACGGGGGGGAAAGGUGGAAGUGGGGAACCAUCCCCCCUCUCUUCUCCCCCAACCCCCCCUCCCCCUCCCCUCCCCUCUUUGGAGUCAUUGACAUCAGUGACUCUCUCCAGCCCUACAUCAACCCCCCACACCAACAACUCACGGACAGAGAGAAUAAAAGGUAGCCACAGGAUGUCACAAUGAAUUUCAGAGUAUUUCACAUGCGUAAAAACUAAAAGGAAGUAAGGAUUAUCGGACUUGGCGUGGUAGAAAAGCUCUCUCUUAAGUAGUGAUGUGUACAUUAACUCAGAUUUACAUUUGAGUUGGUGAAGAGGAUCUAAACACAAAAACAAAACAAACAAAAAAGUACAAAUCGAAAGGUAGACACAAAUAAAACACAAAAAAAUGAGGAUUGAGGAAGGAAGAGGAUUGUUGUUGUGAAUUCCAUAGGGUGUAUAUACCAUGUAAAGGGACUACAUACAGUCAAUGACUGUCUCAUAACUUUACCGUUGCUUUCAAAAGCACUUACAGUAGAAUAAGACAUGAACAUACACAUUGUCGCUGUCUAUUGUAGCCAAUGGACCCCUCUGAAAACUCCAUGUACAUUUAUAGUAUUCUCUCACCUUAACACCUAGCCAACGAGUCCCUCACCAGCAGAAAAAAAAAAGAAAAUGUUCAACAACUAUAUGAAGCACGAGGUGCAGAUGUUGUUUAAACAUUAUGCUCAUGUUGGGAAGGUUAGUGAGGGCCUUAUGAACAAGGUGCCCUGAUUUGCAAGAGUAACGUGACAUUCUGCCCGUUUUAACACUGACAUAUAAAAACCUAAUACAUAUCUGUGAAAUUUAGCAGAAGGGUUUGUGCCACUGUCUCUGGUAUUCCCUGGAUAGUUUGGAGUAUUUUGACCGUAGAGGUGCAUUAAUGUGAAUUGACUGUAUUUUGACUGGCACCCAUUCCAACAGGACAGCUCUGAUGACCUGAUAGGUUGUCGAUCAAAAAGCAUGUUCCACAGACAGGUAGUGAUUAUCCUACAGCCGGCAUUGUCCAUGGCAAUGCCUUCCAUCUCCCCUCUCUCUCGUUAGGGCAGAAUGCCUCUACACUCACCAUGAUAAAGUUUCCCCUCCAGAAUGCAUGCAGAGGAUGACUUGUCACUGAUGCAGAUGUGUCAGUGCAUCUCCAUUGCGCGUUUCUAUUGUCUGUGUGUUUGUAAGUGGCCAUUAACGGGUGUACAAAUAAUUCAGUCCCAACUUAGCCUCGCUUGCUUUAAAAACUCAGUUUAAUAAGUGCACUGAAUGAGUGAUGUUAAUGUUUAACGAAUCCGCUUUAGACACCGCAAACAUUUGCGACGACGUUGCUCCUUCGCCUUCGCCCCCUAAACCCUUCUCCCCUCCCACUCCCUGCUUUGCUCCACAUUCUCAACUCUAGGUCUUUAAUUUUUGCUGUCUGAAUUUGUUUGAGUCAUUUUAUUUAAUUGCAGUGUUUUUGUUCAUACUGUUUCAAAAAAAAAAAAAAUGAAAACACUCCACAAAUA